AUGAAACUCGCUUUUCUCAUGGUCAACCUCUUCUUGAUAGCCAGGCUGUCCUGUGCUUGUGAGACCAAUGCAAUGUUCCGACUCUGUAUGAAAACAGGAAAGGCUGCUGUUGAUGCAUGUGAAUCUAACAGCAUGACGUCCUGUGGAUGUUCUGCUCAGAAACAACUGUUGGCAUGUUACACUGAGUGUGGGGACAGCUAUGAUAUGUUCGCUCAAGAGGAAGGCCAACUACGAUACGUUAAGGAGGCAUGCGAUUUUCUUGGAGCUGAAAUAGAAUCUCAAAAUAGAGUAGAUGGAGAAUCAGGGCUGACAAAACAAUCUCAAGGUGGGACAGAUAGAAGAUGGAGAGCAGCCUCUGUCAACAGUACUAGUGAGAACGGCAAUUUUGGUAUGUCACCAAUUCACUUGGAUGAACCAAGAUUAGCAAACUCUCACGCAGAAGCCGCAGCCGCAGCCGUAGCCAUGAAUCCAAAUUUAAAUUACAAAGGCAAUCGAGAUCUCGAGGACAAUAUUGAAAAAAAUCCUAAAGCAUCCACUGCAUCAUUAUCCGCUUACCCAGUCAUGUGUGUGUCGCUGCUUUCUGGGAUUGUGCUUGUUUUUACGCUUUUGUGUUAA